AGGAAACUGCUAUAGAAACCUCAUUCCUGUCUUUCAAAAAUAUGGCGGUAUUAUCACCCAGUUAAAUUCAUUGCAGUCAGGGGUACUUGGAGACGACAGUUAACCUGAUGACGUUUUUCUGCGUCUGAGUUUAGCUAGCCAACGUCGCCAUGACAUCGCCUACAAACGUUAUCGGGGAUUUCUAUUAGAGAAGCAGUUUCUGCUUAUCUUCAUACUGUGCUGUCUUUGUUAAUAUUAUCUGACGAUAGUCACUCACUUUUUUUGCCUGGACGCGGAGGGCGGAUGCAAACGACUACACAGAGCUAUGAAAACUGCGGGCGUAAAAAUGAGCUAAUUAGUUAUGCGGGCGUAAAAAUUGGCUAAUUAGUCAGCUUGACACGUACGUUUUGAUGGAUUUUCGUUGAACUUGCUUUCUUCCUUGCGAGCAAAUGUAGCCUGCUAGCUAACGUUAGUCAGUAAGCUUAUUUUUAAUGUUUCCAGGUGACGAGCGACACGACUCAGAUACGAUGGCAGACAGCGCUGGAGCUAAGAAUGAUAAUUCCAUAAUGGAAAGUCCACCCGUUAGCCCCUUGUCCGGGAGGGAAAAGCCUCCAGAGUCCCCUGGCUCUCGCUCAAGGUACCAGGUCAGCGCACCCGGACACAGUUUUAGGAAAGUGACUCUCACCAAGCCAACGUUCUGUCACAACUGCAGUGAUUUCAUAUGGGGUCUUAACGGAUUCGUUUGUGAAGUGUGUAACUUUAUGUGCCAUGAAAAGUGCCUGAAGAUGGUGAGGACUGUGUGUUCAUGCAUGGCCCCAACACAGGUGCGGGUCCCUGUCGCCCAUUGCUUUGGUCCAGCAGGGCAGAAAAAGAGAUUCUGCUGUGUGUGUCGAAAGCAUCUGGAGGGAAACACUGCCGUUCGUUGUGAAGUUUGUGAGCUGCAUGCCCACUAUGACUGUGCUACGUUCAGUUGUGGCGACUGCCGUCUCUGUCACCAGGAUGGGAGUCAGGACUUUGAUACGUUCCCCCACCACUGGCGGGAGGGGAACAUUCCUUCAGGUGCACGCUGUGAGGUCUGCCGGCGCACCUGUAGCUCCUCAGACGUCCUGGCGGGGAUGCGGUGUCAGUGGUGUGGUAUUACGACACACGCUGCCUGUUAUCUCAUUGUGCCGCCAGAGUGCGGUCUGGGACGGCUACGCAACAUGCGUCUUCACCCUGCUUGUGUGAGAAUCUGCUCGAGGAACUUUAGCAAGAUGCACUGCUACCGCAUCUCUGAGAGCUACCAGAAUGAGCUGGAUAACUUGGAAGAUGCUGACAGACCUACAAAGGAGAGCCAGCUGGCAACCACACCAGAUUCCGGGAAGCAGGUUCUCAAGGUGUUCGAUGGAGAUGAUGCAGUCAAGCGUAGCCACUUCCGUUUGGUCUCCAUUCCUCGGAUAACCAAGAAUGUGGAAGUAGUGGAGUCAGCAUUGAGGGCCUUUUACAUCCCAGAUGACCCCCUGGAAUAUGAGCUCCAAGACAACGGCCAGCAGGCUCUAGUCGAUGACGACGUCCUCAACCAUAACGGCACCCCCGAUAAGGCAAUCUUUAAGGAGAAUGUGCCCGAGGCGUGGCUCCUAAGGGCCAAACCUCAGGAAACAGAGGUCCUCAGGAUCUAUGCCGGCUGGCUCAAGGUUAUUGUGGCGUACAUAUCCAUCUCCAAGAACAGCACUGUGGAUUCUGUCAUUAAGGAGGUCCUCACUCAACUGGGAAAACAGAAUGAAGACCCAUCAAGCUUCAAUCUUGUGGAGGUUUACAUGGGCAGUAAGCAAGUUCAGAGACGAGUGCUGACAGGCCAUGAGCUGCUGCUGGACAAACUGCAGGAGAUAAGGAAGAUCUCCCUGAGGCAGAUGAACCAGACCCGUUUCUACAUCGUGGAGAGCAGGAACAGGAUUGUGCAGGUCAACCUGCUUCUAGAGGGACUGCCUGUACAGCUGAGCAAGGAGCAAUAUGCAGACCUGCUACAGGAGCAUUUAGCUAUCAAGAGUCACUUGGUCACCAUCACACAUGUUUACGGGAACCAAGGUGCAGUGGUGUUGCAGAUAUCGUGUUUCUCUGAGGCUGAGAGGAUCUACAUGUUAGCCAAAGACACAUCUGUCAGCAACCAGCAGCUCACCUCUCUUGUCCUACCAGAGAUCAUGCACAACAAGUUACCCAAAGGUGACUCGCCCCUACUGGUGUUUGUCAACCCUAAGAGCGGUGAGCUGAAGGGCAGAGAGCUCCUCUAUGGUUUCCGGAAGCUUCUGAACCCCCACCAAGUGUUUGACAUGAACAAUGGGGGACCAUUGUCUGGACUCCACACAUUUAGGGCGGUGCCCCGCUUCCGGGUGCUGGUGUGUGGGGGAGAUGGGACAGUGGGCUGGGUCCUGGGAGUCUUGGAGGCCAUCAGACACAAGCUGGUCUGUCCCGAGCCCCCCGUCGGCAUCGUCCCACUCGGCACAGGUAACGACCUGGCGCGGAUCCUGCGCUGGGGGGCGGGCUACAGCGGAGAGGACCCCCACCACAUCCUGGUAUCUGUGGACGAGGCGGAGGAGGUGCAGAUAGACCGUUGGACUAUUCUGCUGGAUGCACAGGAGAUCACAGAUGACGGCAAGGAGAACGGCUUCCUGGAACCACCAAAGAUAGUGCAGAUGAACAACUAUUUUGGGCUGGGCAUCGAUGCUGAAGUCAGUCUGGACUUCCACCAUGCCCGUCAAGAGGAACCAGGGAAGUUCAACAGCAGGUUUCACAACAAAGGUGUGUACCUGAAGGUGGGUCUGCAGAAGCUGAGUCACACACGGAACCUUCACAAGGACCUCAAACUACAGGUGGACAAGCAAGAUAUAGAACUGCCCAGCAUAGAAGGCCUCAUCUUCCUAAACAUCCCCAGCUGGGGCUCCGGGGCAGACCUGUGGGGAUCAGAGGGUGACUCGCGCUACGGGAAACCUCGCAUUGACGAUGGCAUGCUGGAGGUGGUGGGGGUGACUGGGGUGGUACACAUGGGCCAGGUGCAGAGCGGCAUGCGCUCUGGGAUCCGUCUCGCCCAGGGCAACUACGUGCGUAUCACAGCGACCAAGCCCAUCCCUGUGCAGGUGGAUGGAGAGCCCUGGAUCCAGGCCCCCGGACAUAUCUUCAUAUCUGCAGCAGGCCCAAAGGUGCGGAUGUUGAGGAAGUACAAACACAAGUAGAAGAAGCAGUCUGCCAGCCUAAAAGAGGGGCUAUCUGAAUGCCCUUCGUCCAGCGAUGGGGGACAAUGAGCCCCCCCCCAACAUCUGCUCCUUGGUCUGUUGGCUACUCUAAACAGCUGUGACCUGUGUGCCCAAUAGGUUCUCAGAUGGUUUGUGUAGUUAGCACUUAUAGCUCCUGGAGUGGUACAUUGACAAAACAUUUAGCAGUCACUCCCAUUAUCAUCUUAAUGUUUAUCAAUUUCACAGUUGUUGGGUUCGGUUUGCCCCUGUUAGGAUCCUUCAGAUUAGCUUCUUGUCUAAUUUGUUGCUUUAUUUUUUGUUUUUCAGUCCAUCAGAGUUGUUAUGGCCUGGUAUUUUAUGAGCGACAUACAUGGUAACAAUUUUAUAGUGGUACUAUCUGGUACUUAUUAAAAAUGAUUCAAUAAUACAUUUUGAAACAAAUAGUACUAAGUAGAAUUUGGUACCAAGUAGUUACAAUGAAUCAAUAAGAUACCAAGAUGUACUAUAUAUAUAUAUAUACGGACACCCCUUCAAAUGAGUGGAUUUGACUAUUUCAGCCACACCCGUUUCUGACGGGUGUAUAAAAUCGAGCACACAACCAUGCAAUCUCUAUAGACAAACAUUGGCAGUAGAAGGGCCUUCCUGAAGAGCUCAGUGACUUUCAACGUGGCAUAGGAUGCCCUCAUAGGAUGCCACCUUUCCAUCAAGUCAGUUUGUCAAAUUUCUGCCCUGCUAGAGCUUCCCCGGUCAACUGUAAGUGCUGUUAUAGUGAAGUGGAAACAUCUAGGAGCAACGGCUCAGCCGUGAACUGGUAGGCCACAGAACGGGACCGCCGGGUGCUGAGGUGUGUAGCUCGUAAAAAUUGUCUGUCCUCUGUAGAAACACUCCCUACCGAGUUUCCGAACUGCCUCUGGAAGCAACGUCAGUACAAGAACUGUUCGUUUGGAGCAUCAUGAAAUGGGUUUCCAUCGCUGAGCAGCCUCACACCAGCCUAAGAUUACCAUGCGCAACGCCAAGCGUCGGCUGGAGUGGAAACCCAUUGGACUCUGGAGCACUUGAAACAUGUUCUCUGGAGUGAUGAAUCACACUUCACUGUCCGAUGGACUAAUCUGGUUAUGGCGGAUGCCAGGAGAACGUUACCUGCCCUAAUAAUGGUCUGGGGCUGUUUUUCAUGGUUCAGGCUAGCCCCCCCAUGCACAAAGCGAGGUCCAUACAGAAAUGGUUUGUCGAGACGCGUGGAAGAACUUGACUGGCCUGCGCAGAGCCCUGACCUUUGGGAUGAAUUGGAAUGCUGACAGCGAGCCAGGCCUAAUUGCCCAACAUCAUUGCCUGACCUCACUAAUGCUCUUGUUGCUGAAUUGAAGCAUGUCCCCGCAGCAAUGUUCCAACAUCUAAUGGAAAGCAUAACAGAAGAGUGGAGACUGUUUAUAGCAGCAAAGCGGGGACCAACUUUUGGAAUGAGAUGUUUGACGAGCAGGUGUCCACAUACUCUUGGUCAUAUAGUGUAUUUAUAAGAUGUAAUUACACUGCUACCAUGUAAAUACCAGACUGUAAAAUAAAGUGUAAAUGUUGCUUUUUCGAAGUUCAGACAUCGAGCUGCUUCAGAGAGUCCUGUGAGUCAAAUACUGGAUUAAAAUGUCAAAUAUUCCAGA